GGCAGCGGCGACGGCAGCGCAGAGGAUUUGGAACUGAGCGCUAAGACCACAGAGGAAGCUCCCGGAGAGACCGUUGCAGGAAAAGCACGCUCCCCAGGUCCGGAGAGACAGACGCUUUGAACUCCUCCCCUUUGAAAGCAGUAGUGACCUCCUCUUCAGUCUUAUUUGGAGCCUAGGAUAAAGAACACAGAGGAAUCAUCGAAAGAGAAUAUUCCAGAAGAAGAAUCAUCAUAUAGAGAGAGUGAACAUUGUGAAAGAAAACUGGAAGCCGUGCUGAUCAUUACUACCCUACUUCUGAAUGCUGUGGAGCGAGUAAGAGCCAGGUAGUCAGGAGAUGAAGAAGAAGAGGAAGGUGAGAAAAAUGACCAAACACCAGAAGAUUCAAAAUGGAGACAAAAUAAAUGAACUUAAGGAACAUGGGAAAGCUGGUACUGAAUCGUCACACUUAUCUGAAAAUCAAAAGAAUCAUGCCAGUGAGAAGGCUUACAAAUGUAAUGAAUGUGGCCUAACAUUUACUCACAACUCAAGGUUUAUUCAGCAUCAGAGGAUUCAUACUGGAGACAAGCCUUAUACAUGUAAGGAAUGUGGGAAAGUCUUCAAUAAAAACUCAACCCUUAUUAAUCAUCAGAGAAUUCACACUGGGGAGAAGCCUUAUAAAUGUAAGGAGUGUGGGAAAGCCUUCACUCAAAACUCGAUCCUCAUCAAACACCAGAGAAUUCACACAGGAGAGAAGCCUUACAAAUGUGAUGAGUGUGGGAAAGCCUUCAUUGAGAGUUCUGCCCUUAUUGUACAUCAGAUGACUCAUACUGGAGAGAAGCCUUACACAUGUAAUGAGUGUGGGAAAGCCUUCAGUCAGAUGUCAAACUUUAAAGUACACCAAAAGAUUCAUGAUGGAGAAAAACCUUAUAAAUGUAAUAAGUGUGAGAAAGUCUUUGGUCAGAGCUCAACCCUUUUUAAACACCAGAGAAUUCACACUGGAGAGAAGCCUUAUAAAUGUAAUGAAUGUGGGAAAGCCUUUAGUCGAAGGUCAAACCUGAAGGUACAUCAGAAGAUUCAUACUGGAGAGAAGCCUUAUAAAUGUAAUCAAUGUGAGAAAGCCUUUACCCUAAGUUCAUCUCUUCUCAAUCACCAGAGAAUUCAUACUGGAGAGAAGCCUUAUAGAUGUGACAAGUGUGGGAAAGCUUUCUUUAGGAGAUCAAAUCUUAAUUUACAUCAGAAGAACCAUACAGGAGACAAACCUUAUGGAUGUACAAAAUGCGGGAAAGCCUUUGCUCAGAAAUCAACUCUUUUCAAGCAUCACAAAAUUCACACUGAAGAGAAACCUUUUAAAUGUGAUACUUGUGGGAAAGCCUUCUUUGAGAGCUCAACCCUUAUUAGUCAUCAGAUGAUUCAUACUGGAGAGAAGCCAUAUACAUGUGAUGAGUGUGGGAGAGCUUUCAGUAAGAAAUCAGUCCUUGUUAAUCAUCAAAGAAUUCAUACUGGAGAGAAACCAUAUAAAUGUAAAGAAUGUGGGAAAGCUUUCAGUCAGAGCUCAAAUCUUAGUGUGCAUAAGAAGAUUCAUACUGGAGAGAAGCCUCAUAAAUGUGAUCAAUGUGGGAAAGUCUUCACUCAAAGAUCAACCCUUUUCAACCAUCAGAAAAUUCACAAUGAAGAGAAGCCUUAUAAAUGUAAUGUGUGUGGGAAAGCCUUUGUUCAGAGCUCAAACCUUAAGGUACAUGAGAAGAUUCAUACUGGAGAGAAGCCUUAUAAAUGUAAUCAGUGUGGGAAAUCCUUCACUCAGAGUUCAUCCUUUUUCAAUCACCAGAGAAUUCACACUGGAGAGAAGCCUUAUAAAUGCAAUCAAUGUGGGAAAGCCUUCCUUAGGAGAUCAAAUCUUAAUGUACAUAAGGAGAGUCAUACUGGAGAGAAACCUUAUAAAUGCACUAAGUGUCGUAAAGCCUACACUCAAAAGUCAACCCUUUUCAGACAUCAGAGAGUUCAUACUGGAGAGAAGCCUUAUACAUGCAGUGACUGUGGGAAAGCUUUCUUUGAUAGCUCAACCCUUCUUGUACAUCAGAUGACUCAUACUGGAGAGAAGCCAUAUACAUGUAGUGAAUGCGGGAAAGAUUUCAGCACAAAUUCAGUCCUUGUUAGUCACCAGAGAAUUCAUACUGGAGAGAAGCCUUAUGCAUGUAAUCAGUGUGGGAAAGCAUUUAGUCGGAGUUCUAAUCUUAAUGUACAUCAGAAGAUUCAUACUGGAGAGAAGCCUUAUACGUGUAAUGAGUGUGGGAAAGGCUUUAUUCAGAGAUCAAAUCUCACUGUACAUCAGAAGAUUCAUACUGGAGAGAGGUCUUAUACAUGUAAUCAGUGUGGGGAAGCCUUCACUGAACAAUCAGCUCUUUUUAGUCACCAGAGAACUCAUGAAGACAAACCUUAUAAAUGUAAUCAGUGUGAGAGAACCUUUGCUAAGAAGUCAAAUCUUGCAAAGCACCAGAAGACUCAUACUGGAGAGAAACCAUAUAAAUGUAGUCAUUGUGAGAAAGCUUUCAGUGAGCACUCACACCUUUUCAAGCAUCAGAUAAUUCAUAAUGAAGAGAAACCUUUUAAAUGUAAUGAGUGUGGUAAAUCCUUCCCUCAAAGCUCUGACCUUGUGAAGCACCAGGCAAGUCACACUGAAGAGAAACCCUAUAAAUGUAAUGAGUGUGGGAAAUUCUUCCCUCAAAGCUCUGACCUUGUGAAGCACCAGGCAAGUCACACUGAAGAGAAACCCUAUAAAUGUAAUGAGUGUGGGAAAUCCUUCCCUCAAAGCUCUGAGCUUGUGAAGCACCAGACAAGUCACACUGAAGAGAAACCCUUUUUAUGUAAGGAGUGUGGGGAAGCUUUCAAUGAUGCAUCAUCUCUUGCUGAGCACCAGAGUUUUCAUACAGAUGGGUUACACAAGUAGUGGAUGUGGAAAUCCCUUCAGCAAAAACUUGUUAUUUGGCAGAGAAUUUUUACUGAAGAAAAUCCUAGAAUGUGGAAGCUGGAUGGUCUGCUUCCAGUCAGACCCUCAGCUGGGUAAAGGGCUGACUUCUAGUCAACAGCAGGUCUCUGAUCCCUGUGGAAAGCCUCCCGUGUGCUACACCAUUUCUGGAGGAACUUUUCCUUUCUUUCUUAGAAGGGAAAUUUGCUUUUUUUUUUCUUUCUUUCAAGUUAGUUGGUUGUGCAACUUAAGUUUGGCUGCCUGUAUUGAGUUGAUGUGACUCCAGCACUGUCCAGCCCAAAGUCCAGAGCCAAUUAUGGGUCCUGGAACUGGCAGGUCUCCCCACCCCCACUCCAGGAGAGUCUCAUCUUCAAGCUCUUGCUAACUGCAAGUCCUAGGGAGGCAGUGGAGGAUGGCAGAAGGUUCUAGACCUGGAGACAGAAGACUGGUUCUAUCCUGGUUCUUCCAGUAGUUAGCUGUAUGUCCUUGGCCAGUCACUUCUACUUAGCAUCUUCAUCUCCAGCCUGAAGGCAUGGGAUUGGCCUGGACUAUUUCCGAUGUUCCUUCUGACUCUGAAAACUCCUGCUCUUCCUUGUUAUACAGGUGAGGGCACUGAAGCCCUGGGAGAGGCAAGGGCUGGCCCAGGGUCUCCCAGGAAGUCAGGAGAGAACUAGACUCCCUGUCAUCCCAGGUCUCACCUUCCCAUCUCUCCAAAUGUCCAGUUCUAAGCAGAACUGAUGCUCAGGAGGUCUCUGUGAUUACCCAGGCCUUCUGUUUUCUGACUCUUAACGCUAACUCAAACCCCAGAGGAAAAAAUUCACAAAAAAUACUAGAACUCUCAACUUCCUCCUUAAAUCUUGUCCCUGCUCUCGACCUAGUCCUUCCCCAUGCAGAGAACCAGGCUCAUCUCACCCUUCUCUCCUCCCCAGAAUCCACCUGGUGGAGCUUCAGCUUAGUUAUAUAACUCAGGUGUCCCUGGGAAAGAAGGAGAAGGGAGGAGAAAUCCGUCAGUCUGCCUGGAGAAAGAAGGAGGCCCAGGGGAGACACAGGAAGGUUCUCUUAAUCCUAGUGCUUCCCUUCUAUUGAUUUCCUUCCAGUUUUCCUUUCUAUAUCUUUUCUGUGCAUUGUUUGCAUUGUGAUAAUAUACUUUCUCUUUCCUUUUAUUCAGUUUUUAUUCUGCCAUUAUCCCUGGAACAUUUGAUCAAAUAAAGCUUUUUUCCUUUUAAUGCUGACCUCACCUGGAUAAAACCUGACUCAGUGAAUGAUAGGAGCUAGAAGGGAGUUGGAGCUUACCAAGACAAUUUAGCUGGAAGAAUUCCCGACCCCUGAUCCUUUGCUUAUCUUGGUGACAUGUAAAUCCCUUCUUCUCAGUUAACCCAUUGUGACUGACUUCUUUAGGAUGUAUCCCUGUAGUUUUAUAAUGUAGGAUUUUGCAAACUUGGUGUUUAAAUCUGUAACUUUGUGUGUUCACUAAUUUGUUUUAACAUAGUUUGUUCAAUCUUACUUGAAAAAAAGUGUGAGAAAAUGCUUUGAUUAGGCCUGAGUGACCUUUAUGAAUUGAAAGGCCAUAAAAAUUGUAAUAGGUUAAACAAUUAUUUCCCUGACUCUGACAGUAAUUUUCUCUGUAAAGCCUUUGCAGAAGUUCUAGUCUCGGUACAGUUAUUUUUCUAUUAUCUGAACCUGUGCUUAAACGUAAUAAAACCUAGGUUUUUACAUCUA